AACUUUUCAGGUCCAUCGGUCCGAGGCUUCCAUCCUGAACCUCCCCCGGCACGACAGACUUGGUUGAGUCCGGGUUUCAGUGGAUCCAAGAUGGCAGACCAAGCGGCGAUGUGCUGAAGUUCACUUUACACUCUGAAAGCCGGAGCUUGUUGUCCUCGUCCCUCCUGUCGGAUCGGUGCCUGUUGAGAGCGAAUGCUGGAGUCCUUUGCAUGGAUCCAGAUCAAAGAGUUUUCUGAUCUGCAGUGUUUUCCAGGUGUCAUUCUGGGAUGUCCAGGCUAAGGGGCCCAAGGGGGCUCCGCCCUGAAGCACGGACGAUCUCACUGCUCAGACUACGCACGCCUCUAGAGAUGGACACAUCCACACGUAGAGACACCUGCUCAGCUGCCUGAGACAGAACCUCCCCCUCUUUGAUUGCCUAUUAUUAGACACUUGAUCCAUCAAACAAUCCUUCAUCCUGUCCUCCUUGGAUUGUACGAUGCGCUGCAGGGCGACAGGUGCCAAGCAGGUAAUGGAUGAUGUUGGCCAUGGUGACCUGAAGUAAAUGGCUAUUCCUCAGCACAGAUCAGUGCCGGUAUCUACUGCUCAAUCUUCCUCCUCCACUCCCCCCUCCUCUCACCCGCCCUCCACCUUUCUGCCUGGUGCUGCCUCUCCCCUCAAACACCAUGGUAGGUGCUGGCUUGGGUGUGUGGAAGCUAAUGCGAGGUGUCCGCCAGCUGGAGCUCCACCGCCUCAUCCUGGCCCUCAUCAUCUUCUGCGUGCUGUCCAUGGCCUUCUUAGCUUACUACGUCUCCAACAGCCCCAAAAUCAAAGAGGCCCCCCCUUUGCCCUUCAGUGACUGUGGCGGAGGAGGGGCGAUGUCGCUGGGAGCGAGCACCGCAGCCGCUGGAGGAGGGUCAGGAGUCCAGAGGGCACCUCUUUACCUCCCCCAACGGCAGGGCCGGCUGCAGCAGGUGAAGGCGGUGGACUCCACCAGGACGGAGCCUGUGGUUCUGGUGUUUGUGGAGAGCAUCUACUCCCAGCUGGGCCAGGAGAUCGUGGCCAUAUUGGAGUCCAGCCGCUUCCACUACCGGACAGAGAUCGCGCCUGGUAAAGGAGACAUGCCCACGUUGACGGAGCACAACCGUGGGCGCUACACACUGAUCAUCUAUGAAAAUGUGUUGAAAUAUGUCAAUCUGGACGCCUGGAAUCGCGACUUGCUGGACAAGUACUGUACCGAGUACGGAGUCGGCGUCAUUGGCUUUUUCAAAGCCAAUGAAAACUCGCUCCACAGUGCACAGCUCAAAGGUUUCCCCCUCUUCCUCCACUCCCACCUGGGACUCAGGGAUUACCGGAUCAACCCCAAUGCUCCUCUACUCUACAUCACCAAGCCCAACCAGGUGGAGCAGGGCUCUCUACCAGGGGAUGACUGGACCAUUUUCCAGUCCAACCACUCUACCUAUGAGCCAGUUCUUCUGGCCAGCACCAAGUCCUCUGAGGCCCUAGCACAUGUUGGACCCAGCCCCUUGCGGGCCCUCCAUGCCACAGUGGUCCAGGACUUGGGGCUCCAUGAUGGCAUUCAAAGGGUUCUCUUUGGAAACAAUCUCAACUACUGGCUUCACAAGCUGGUGUUCGUUGACUCCAUCGCCUACCUGACCGGGAAGAGGCUGUGCUUGUCUCUGGACCGCCACAUCUUGGUGGAUGUGGAUGAUAUAUUCGUUGGCAAGGAGGGAACCCGGAUGAAGGUGUCUGACGUGGAGGCAUUGCUCAAUACUCAAAACAAGCUGAGAGCACUGGUUCCUAAUUUCACCUUCAAUUUGGGAUUCUCUGGAAAGUUCUAUCACACGGGUACUGAUGAAGAGGAUCUGGGAGACGACAUGCUGCUGCAGCACAGGAUGGACUUCUGGUGGUUCCCUCACAUGUGGAGCCACAUGCAGCCUCACCUCUUCCACAACGUCAGCGUCUUGGCAGAGCAGAUGAGGCUCAACAAGGUCUUCGCUCAGGAGCACGGCAUCCCAACGGACAUGGGCUAUGCAGUGGCUCCGCACCACUCGGGUGUUUACCCAGUUCACAGCCAGCUCUACGAGGCCUGGAAGUCCGUGUGGGACAUCAAGGUCACCAGCACCGAGGAGUACCCUCAUCUGAGGCCCGCUCGGUACCGCCGGGGCUUCAUCCACAACGGGAUCCAGGUGUUGCCCAGGCAGACCUGUGGUCUGUUCACCCAUACAAUCUUCUAUAACGAGUACCCAGGAGGCUCCAAGGAGCUGGACAAGAGCAUCAGAGGAGGAGAGCUCUUCCUCACUGUCCUCCUGAACCCUAUCAGCAUCUUUAUGACACACCUGUCUAACUAUGGCAACGAUCGCCUGGGACUGUACACCUUUGAGUCUUUGGUGAAGUUUGUCCAGUGUUGGACCAACCUCAGGCUGCAGACGUUGCCCCCCCUCCAGCUCGCUGAGAAGUACUUCCAAAUCUUCCCUGAGGAGAGGGACCCGCUCUGGCAGAACCCUUGUCACGACAAGAGACACAAAGAUAUCUGGUCUAAAGAAAAGACCUGUGACCGCCUCCCCAAAUUCCUCGUCAUUGGACCACAGAAAACCGGCACCACAGCGCUUCAUUCAUUCCUGAGCCUCCACCCAGCUGUCACCAGCUCCUUCCCCAGCCCCAGCACCUUUGAGGAGAUCCAGUUCUUCAGCGGAGCCAACUAUGAGAACGGGAUCGACUGGUACAUGGACUUCUUCCCAUUUCCUUCCAACGUCAGCACCGAUUUCAUGUUUGAGAAGAGUGCAAACUACUUUGACACCGAAGCGGCGCCUAAGAGAGCCGCUGCCUUGCUCCCCAGAGCCAAAGUCCUGGCAGUGCUCAUCAACCCGUCCGACCGGGCGUACUCCUGGUACCAGCACCAGAAGGCCCACCAGGACCCUGCAGCCCUAAACAACACUUUCCAUGCAGUGGUGACAGCGGGCCCCUCUGGCCCCAGGGACCUGCUGGCCCUCCAGAGACGCUGCCUGCUCCCCGGGGCCUACGCGCCUCACCUGGAGCGCUGGCUGCAGCACUACCAGCCCAGCCAGUUGCACAUCGUGGACGGAGCCCUGCUCAGGUCCAACCCCUCUCUGGUGAUGGAGGGGAUCCAGAGAUUCCUCGGUGUCACUCCCAUCUUCAACUACACCCAGGCUCUAAUGUACGAUGACAGCAAAGGUUUCUGGUGCCAGCGGGUGGAAGGAGGUCGAGCCAAGUGUCUGGGAAAGAGUAAAGGCAGGAAGUACCCAGAGAUGAGUCCUGAGUCGCGGGCCAUCCUGGCCGAGCACUACCGUGAGCACAACAUGGACCUGCUGCGUCUGCUGAACCGGCUGGGCCACGCGCUGCCCUCGUGGCUGCGCCAGGAGCUCCAGAGCACCAGCUGGAGCUGAGGCCACACCCCCUCGCUCGUGCACAAGGACAAACCCACCACAGAAAAAGCCGGGACAGAGUCUGGAGGAGCCUGCGUUUGGCUCUGGGUUAAACUGGAUUAGCUGAUCUGUAACCAACAGCAGGGGAGGAGCUCCUGUUCAACACGAGAUCUCCCUCAGAGGGUCGGAUCAGUUUCCAUCAUCCUGCCAGCACUGGGAAGCAGCCCUCAGCCUCAGCCAGUGGGUGUUGGGCGGGGGAGCUGACACUGAACACAUGGACUGGGUGACCAGCAGGUUUGGGGAAUAGAGAACUUAAUGUGAGGAGGUGGAGUCGGUGUGGAGUCGUGAGGGGACCCAGGACGGAGGCACACACGUCUCAUCAGGCUGAAUAAGACUGUUCAGAGAGGGUCUUGCUCCCCCCCCACAGACACACACACACACGUUUCCUAGUCCAGAUACUGUGUUUACUGACACUUUAUAAAGGGGUAGAUGACAGGUGGUGUAAAUACCAGGUUUGGUCCAGGCUCAGCUUAUCACAAUGUCCUGUGAAUGACGCUGUUCUCCCCCUUGGGUCAGUGUGUUUUUUAACGAUCGCUAGCUUUUACCCUCCGUAGCAUAGUUUAUUUUUGUUGAUGUACCAUCCACGUUGGAAGCGUGCUGCUGAGCACAGCGUGUGUUGUAGGACGGAUUUUUUACUCUUCAUAUUUCUCGACCAGAACGUGAAAGUUGAGGUUGACGUCAGAUCUUAAUGGACUAACGGAUGGGUUGGUGUUGCUGGCUGUGUAGUAUUCAGUGUUUCUGAAAAGGGCUGCUGAGGCUCAUGGCUCCUGCAGCACAAGCUGCUGGGACAGCACCGUUAAAACAUCUCCAACUGUUGACCUGCUUUGACUGUCCGAGAUACGAGUGCCAAACAUGAAAAUGUUCCACAGGGACAGCGGUUGCCUCUAUGGGUUUUCUAUGGAUUUAGUAUUGCACUUUUGGGGCCCCCCAAGAGACAAGUGAUACCAUCAAUGACAGCGCUCCUCCAGCACCACAGAGACCUCAUAGCUUAGACUCCACAGACUGACCAUGAAUGACUAGCAUGUGGACUAUACAGAGUGAACCUGGACUACGGGCAAGUACGACUUGAUCCUUGUUAUUUAUUUAGUCCUCAAUCAGAACCUGUUUUCACCAGUUUAAUAGUGAGAACAUGGCAGCUCUACACGGAUCCUGCCCGCCAUGUGUCCUUGAGACGCGCUCCUGGACCAGAGCUCUUCAACCCUUCUGUGGGUUCACGAGAGACUGGGGGACGAGCACCUCGGCCAGUAGCAAGGGACAACACCUGUCCAAUCUUCUGGGAAAGCAGCACAGACUGCAACGCACACACACACACACACUAGUCUCCGUGAGAGCACACGGGGUCAGAGCCAGUAUGGAGACCAAUCAGAAGCUGCUGUCUUGUUUGUUUUGUAUAAAUGUCCAAAAGGCCAACCGUGUAUUCGCUCUAAUAAACACAGGUUGGAAACAAUG